AUGGCUCAACAAGUGAAAAACACGAAUAUAAUAUGGCGACAAUACUUUAUAAAAUUCUGUCAUAGAGAAAGAGUUGUACUAGUUAAAGGUCAACAACGGAGAAAUAUUCAAAGUCUUUGGGAUAAAGGCGCUAAUACUAAACCUUCAAACUCAAACAGUUCAUUUUUUGACAAAAAUGCUGUAGUAAUUGAGAAGAUUUCGCCAGGUGUUUCGUCUUUCACCGGUUUUAGGGUUCGUCUUUCGUUAUUACGUAAAAUAAUUUCUCUUAACAAUUAUACUCCCAUACGGCAAAAACAAUCAUUAGUGUCAGAUCUCAUAAGACUCAUAAGAGUAUACAGGGAUCUAACGAAAGCAAAACUCGCUGCUCUUGUAAUAUUGACAACAAUGUGCGGAUACGCCAUGGCUCCUAUGGCCACUGACCUUAAGUGCCUUUUCGCAACUACUGCUGGAACUGGAUUAUGUGUUGCUUCUGCAAAUGCUAUCAAUCAAUUAUUGGAAAUUCCGUACGACGCACAAAUGUUACGCACGCGAAAUAGAGUUCUUGUUCGUAAUGCAAUAUCUCCAAUUCAUGCCUUUUCGUUUGGUACUUUGACCGGAAUGACUGGUGUAGGAAUCUUGUCGACUAUGGUUAAUCCUUUAACUGCUAUUUUAGGUGCUUCUAACAUCUUGUUAUAUACUUGCGUUUAUACUCCUAUGAAACGAAAAACAAUUGCAAACACAUGGAUUGGUGCAAUCGUUGGUGCAAUACCUCCAAUGAUGGGCUGGGCCGCAUGUACAAAUAACUUGGAAUUAGGCGCUUGGAUAUUAGGUGGUAUUCUUUAUGCUUGGCAAUUUCCUCAUUUUAAUGCUCUUGCUUGGAAUAUGCGAUCUGACUAUUCAAAAGCAGGGUAUCGUAUGAUGGUUGUGACAAAUCCAUUAUUAAAUAGUAGAGUAUCAUUAAGAUAUACUUUAGCAUUAUUUCCUUUAAGCUAUAUAGCUCCGUAUAUUGGUAUGACAACUUGGUGGUUUGCGUUAGAUUCAAGUCUAAUUAAUUGUGUACUUUUAUUGAGUGCUUACAGAUUUUGGAAAGAUUCGAAUGAUAAAUCUGCACGUGAUUUGUUUUUUGCAAGUCUUGUACAUUUACCAGUAAUUCUCGCAUUAAUGAUGGCUCAUAAAAAAGAUCAAGGAAUUACAAUGAAUAAUGAUCUUCUAGAAGUGGAUGAAAAAGAAUUGGAAGAGGUUUUGCUGGAAUUAGAAUCAUAA